AUGGAAGCAACAACCCUUGCUGAGAUGGGAGACUUAUGUCAUCCUCGAGCCUCCAGUCCAGACGGGGAGACAGUGUGUGAGGCUCUGGCCCGUCAUGAGAGCACUCUGAGAGAGGCCAUCAGGGAGAUCCACAUGGAUGUCAGUGCCUUUAAGUUAAGCAUGGGACACCGUCUUGAGGAUGCAGUCAGUCUGAGCGGGACUCUUGGAAGAGCCAUGACUCAGCUCCAACAGGAGAACCGGGAGCUCAGAGCUCAGCUGCAAGCUCUAAGCCGACAAGUGGAACUCCUCAGUGGGAUGAGCGGUCAUAACGGCAAGGACCACACCAACGACAUCCAAGCGAAUCACCGGGAGGUCAAAGAGGUGAUCUGUGGGAAGGCUGAGGUUCCCGCUCAAAGUGUCAUCCAGCCUGUCAUACUAGGGAGCCAGACACCGAACCAUAGUGGCCACAGUGGCCCCAUCAACACUGCAUCCACUCCUGCAACGUUCUCCUCCUCCCCCAGCUCCAGCAGUCCUCCAGUCACUUCAAGAGUUUCCGCCAUUGUGACAAGUCCCAUGUCAAGCAGUAGCCCCUCCACUGGCCGCUUCUCCAGCCGAGCCACAUUUGCAGUAUCAAGUAAAAACAAUAGUAUUGAGCGAGAAGAGCCGAUAGAAGUAGACCAAGCACCAGCACAUACAGUCCUGGAAAACGGACACAGUGCGUCAACAGAGCAUUCCUUGCUGGUACAUGGAAAGACAUCCCCACCCCGGGAUUCCCCACAUGAACACACAGCCCAGGUCGCCAUGCGAAUGGCUCACUUCCCUAUCACGGCCACCACCAAGACAGCAGAAAUUAAGAAUUCUCCUGACUCGCCUAGUAGCCCCACCUCUUCUGGUUCUUCACCAGUCUUGGAAGCCUUCCCUCUCGGCCAAUCAGCAGCCGGCGUCGUUAAGCCUCAAUCGAUCGCAGAUUUUCCAGUUCAACAAGUGUCUCCCAUGAAGACUUGGACCCCCACACUCAGCAGAGCUCAUGGAACUUCACGCCUCCACGAGAAAACGGGUUCAGCCCCAGCUAAAACUGUGACUUAUGCUGCAUUACCUCAUCAUGACAGAGAUAACACUGUUGAAAGCAAAGAGCGAUCCUUUGGGCAUGGAGGAGAAAGGAGACGAGAGCUGGUGAGGUCACAGACUUUACCAAGAAACAUUGGAGCUCAGGCCCGUCGGUCAAUUUUUGAGAGGUUGGACACAGAUGUCAAUAACAGUCACCCCAAAAUUGUGGAGUCCAAACCUAAACUUAAGCGCUCGCAAAGUUUUGGAGUUUCUAGUGCCAGCAGUAUCAAACAAAUCCUUCUCGAGUGGUGUCGAUCGAAGACCGUAGGCUACCAGAACAUAGACAUCCAGAACUUCUCAUCCAGUUGGAGCGAUGGCAUGGCUUUCUGUGCUCUGGUACACUCGUUCUUUCCCACAGAGUUUGACUAUGAAUCUUUGUCACCUGCCAACCGCAAGCACAACUUUGAGCUGGCUUUUGGGACUGCAGAAGUCAAGGCAGGCUGUGAUCGGCUAAUCGAAGUGGACGACAUGAUGAUCAUGGGUCGUAAACCGGAUCCAAUGUGUGUAUUCACGUAUGUUCAAUCCCUUUACAACCACCUGCGCAAAUUUGAGUGA